CAUCUAUUUUCGAGUAAUGUAUCAACCCAACAUAAUUAAUGAUAGGGUCAAGGGCAUAAUGGUCAUUUAAGUCCAAAACCUUGGAUUGUUGGAAUCUCCGAAAUCCAACACCCGAAAGUGUCGCAUAUCUCCCUGUCAAAAACCCAAAAAAGCACAUUGCAGAGAGAGAGAGUUGGAACAAUGUCGACAUCGGUGAACUUAGAAGAUGUUCCCUCCGAGAGUAUCAUGUCGGAACUCCUCCGCCGCAUGAAGUGUUCCUCCAAACCCGACAAGCGUCUAAUUCUCAUUGGCCCACCUGGAUCAGGGAAAGGAACACAAUCUCCUAUCAUCAAAGAUGAGUACUGCUUGUGUCAUUUAGCCACGGGGGAUAUGCUGAGAGCUGCUGUUGCUGCCAAAACACCUUUGGGAAUUAAGGCGAAGGAGGCCAUGGAUAAGGGAGAACUUGUUUCUGAUGACUUGGUUGUUGGGAUCAUAGACGAAGCAUUAAAGAAACCAUCAUGUCAAAAAGGAUUCAUUCUUGAUGGGUUCCCUAGGACUGUGGUGCAGGCCGAGAAGCUUGAUGUGAUGCUUCAAAAUCGAGGGACUAAAGUUGAUAAGGUCCUUAAUUUUGCGAUUGAUGAUGCCAUCUUGGAAGAGAGAAUUACUGGACGUUGGAUCCACCCAGCUAGUGGGCGGUCAUACCAUACAAAAUUUGCACCUCCUAAAGUACCUGGGACUGAUGAUGUCACUGGAGAGCCUUUGAUACAACGUAAAGAUGAUACUGCUGCUGUUCUCAAGUCAAGGCUGGAAGCCUUCCACAGGCAAACUGAGCCGGUCAUUGACUACUAUGCCAAGAAGGGCAAUGUAGUGAAUCUUCCUGCUGAGAAACCACCACAGGCGGUCACAGCUGAAGUCAAGACAGCUCUCUCCUAAUGGAUGGAUGCCCAACUUUUCUGGUUUAAGGAUUGAAAACUGUACUCUGAAUUUUGGUUAACCAGUUAUAUUUCUGUCUCUUUGAUGGCACUAGCCGGUGUCAACCCCUUAUGAACAUCACAAAUGUUGUUGAAUUUAUUUUUACUUUGGACAUUGCUACUCAGUAAGCUUUACAGAGUGCAACAGGAAUUGACACAAAUGUAACAGAAGAUGCAAGUAUGAGCCACCAUUUUGAAGGUGGGGGAAAGGUAGUAGAAACGGCUUCUGGGUUUUGGAAA